AUGGAGCCUUUGGGGCAAGCACAGGCUGGCCGAGGACGCGGGGUGGUGAUUCGCAGGAAUGCAGUGGGGGGAGGGAGAGGUGGUCACAAGCAAGGUGCAGGACGAGGGCAAGGAGUGCCUGGACCAAGUUCGGGCAGUGGAGGGACGAAGGUCGUUCGUAAAAGGCCCCGCGAGGAGACUGUCAGUACAUCAUCGUCCUCUGUGUCAAUCAAAAAAGCUAGGGCGGAUUGUGCAGCUAAAGCGCCCCCGGCUUUCAUUAUGCCGUUUACAAAAUCAUCAGCGCCCCUGGAGCAAGGAGAAAGGGAACUCACCGGGGAUGAAGCCAUGGCUCGUGUCCUCGCUAGCAUGCCAAUUUGUCCUCCUCGCGCGUCUGAGAGCCCCCCUCGACAGCGCAUGUCUUCGGCCACCUCAGCGUCAAUGUCAUCAUUCACCUCGGCAGGGUUGUCUUCUAGCUUCACGUCUGUGCCCGAAGCUGUCAAUCAUGAAGUCAUCGACCCAGCACUUACUGCAAGAGAAUCUCAGGCGAAGGCCACAAUGCCUCCUCCUCGGGGUCGCCCCACCCAUCAAGCUACUGGCCCUCGCGCAGCUCCUACGGCAUUGGGUAUGCGCCCGAUUCGUAAACCCUCCAAUUCCAAGGCGCUACCCAAUUCACGGAUGUCAUCUGUCGCACCUGCCGGAACUCGAGCUGUGAAAACAAGUAUGGGGCCACCAACUUCCCGCAUCCAAUCUGUUGUGGCUCCAGCAUCUCGUGUUGCGACAGCGCUGCCGCCGUCUAGUGCGCCUUCAGUCGCCUCAUCUCGUGCGCCGUCGGUAGCUCCUCGUGUUGCGACAGCGCUGCCACUGUCUCGUGCGCCUUCAGUCACCUCAUCUCGUGCGCCGUCGGUAGCUCCGUCGUUUGCAGCCAUUGGCCCAGGACCUCAAAUUAUGCAUAUACCACGCAAGCUGACAGACCAAAUCAGUAACCACUCUUCGCAAUUACUCAAACUCACCGAUGGCGUGGGACAACUCAGAGCUGAGGUGCAAACACAACAAGAUGGAUCGGGAGAGAUGGGAGCACGUGUUAAGGCGCUCGAGGGGGAGAUCGAGAAAAGUAAUGAGGCCGCGAGAGAAAUCAAGGUUAGAGUGGAUGCUCUUGAAGACGGGUUGAAGGACGUUCGCGAGGCAGUCAACGUCCUGAAGGAGCGUGGAGGGAAUUACAAAAAAUGUUUCAUCGACAAGCUGGGCUUGAAGGACAGCUCUGAGCUGUUGACGCUUAAGCCCUUGCCCAAUGGAGCGUUCAAGGACGGCAACCGUAUCGUACCCAAUUUCACAAAGUCCUUUACCGCCAAUAAGCCGUGGCACUCUGAGAUGCUCGACUAUAUCGAAGAAAACCUGCACACUCACAUCGUCGGAGGGAAGACGUCUCUGAAGGAUUAUGGCCGAGCCGAGUAUCAGAAGCGCCUGAUGGGGUCAUUCCGAAACUGGAAGGGCAAGUACACGCAGAAUAACAAGCAAGUCAAUGUUCCCGAGGGAGCGGAUGAGGAAGAAGAGCUAGCCUGGAAGGAAUUUUUCGGUGCGCAGAAACAACGCAGGCGAGGCAGAAAGACCCAGAAAAUUGCCCGGCGCAAUCGCGGGCGUGCAAAGUCGGACGUGCUACUGCAACAGGACUUCAAUAUUGCAGUCAUCACCGCCUUGCAGAGUGAUGAAGAGAGCGACGCACCAACCAGCUUGCAGAAGAUCAAGAAGAAAAAGACUCGAAAGCAGGUCAUUGAUAGCGACGCCGAAGAGAUGCCAGGUGAAGGUACCACUACCGGUGGCACCGUACGCUACAAGGCCGAAGGUCCGUUGAAGGUGUUCCGAGCCACGUUCGAGUCCGAAGCUUUGACCGCAGUCAAAUUCAAACUUGAUCGCCUUGGCAAAUCUAGAUCUGGGAAGGGUGCCGCGACACAGCCGAGAGUCCGAUACCCGCCAAUCGACAUACCAUUGCCACGCCUGUCGAAUGACGUCAAAAUUCCCCUCUGGCCGCUGUGCCCUGUUUACCUCGACACGCAUGGGAUCGAGGUUGGCGAUGAGCGCGUUGAUUGGACAAAGACAGAAUGUCCUGACAUAUGGGAGGAUGGGGACCCCGAGGAGGAAUAUGACAUGUGGGAACCUUGCGAGGAAAGGGAGGAUGACGAGGACUGGGAGCCAUACACAAUUGGUGAUGCAGAUCAGGCUGAUGAAGAAGACAACAGCGAUCAACUCACUCAGCACCUGGGCACCCAAGGUGCGGCCGAGCAACACUUUCAUUACACGCACCAAGAAGGCGCCCACCAAGAGUACGUUCAGGUCAUUCGAUAUGAAGACAAAACCGGCGUUCACGGCGAGUACAUUCGAUACGAGAAUGACAACAGCCACCGCGAAGAUUACGUUAUGCAACAAGUUGGCCCAGAGGACGAUGAAGACGACGACUUGUAUCUUAAUGAAACACCAAUGUGGGCUACCGAGGGAGCAGGCGCCCACGAACAAGAAGACGAACCCGAGGAAGACGAUGAACCCGAGGAAGACGACGAACCCGAGGAAGACGACGAAGGAGGUGAUGGAGGAGAUGAUUUGCUAGGAGUACAUGGCAGUGGACAGGCGGAGGCCUGA